UGUCCUGAGGGCAGAAGACGUUGUAAAGAUGGCCUCCUGACAUUCACCGGUAUAUCUGAGGAAGUAUAUGAAUCUGCACCAUACUGAACUGAAAUGACUUCCAGCAGCAUAUUACUAGUACUUCUUGGUGUGGGCUAUGUUUUAGGACACGGCAAUCACGGUCAUGCUCCCCCUGCCCCAGGGGCUACACCACCACCAGCGAAUACUAUGGGAUUCCAUGAUACAUCGUUAACACAGGAUGAAGCUCAUAUAAAGGAACAUUUAAAGGAUGAAAUUGAUGUCACGAAGAAAAUGACACCACAAGAAUUGGAAUUCCAUUAUUUCAGAUUACACGACACAAACAAUGAUACCAAAUUAGAUGGUCUGGAGAUUAUGUCGGCUCUAAGUCACAUUCAGCAUAUGUUUGAGAUACAACCACAAGAGAAACAAGGAAAAACGGAGGCAGAAAUACAGAAACUGCAAGCGGAGAGGAAAGCUGGUUCACUUCAGUAUUUUGCAGAUGUUAUUGACAACGUUCUGAAAGAUGACGAUUUCAACCAUGAUGGCUACAUUUCAUACCCAGAAUACAUGUCAGCAAGAAAACGUGAUUAUGUCAAACAACAACAAGAAAUGGCACAUCAUAACCAAAUGAAUAUGCAACAACAAGCUGCCAUGCAACAGCAACAAUACCAACAAUACAUGCAAUGGCAACAACAGCAACAACAUCAAGGCGGUAAUGUACAACAAUUUCAACAAAAUCCACAACAAUUUCAGCAACAACAGCAUCAACAACAACUACAAUACAAUCCAAAUCAACAACAACAACAACAGUAUAAUCCACCCCAGCAACAACAGUUUAAACAACCACAACAACAGUUCCAACAACCAGCACAGACUGGAUCAAACCUGAAAAUAUAAUGAUGUGGUGUGAUUUUGAAAACUUUCUGUUUAAAUGAACUCUUUCUUCGUAUGAGUGUUAGUGUGAAUGAGCUGUAAAUGUGUGUUAUAUGUGAUCUGAUUGACGUAUGUGUGACCGUUUUGUGAAUUUUGAACAUUCCAUACAUUUGAUAAAUGUUGCAUCUAUUAUGAUCAUGUGAUGUUGAACCUGCUGUAAAAUAAGAGUAUACUUAUUAUUCUCAUAGUUUUUGGAAUAUGAAAAAAAGAUUAGUACUACGGAUUCGGAAACAAUUAUAUGUACAAUUUUGGUUAUACUAGAAUUACUUUACUUUAUUAUCAACUGACCAAAAUUUUGUGACAUCGUAUAUACAGUAUCUGCUUUGGGAAACAAUCCCAGUUAACUCUAGUCAGUGACAACAAGGUUUACUAACCCCUUAUUCUGUUAAAAAUGUUAGAUGAUCUCUAUCCUUUAGACACACCGAGUUAGUGAUAAGAAAAUGUAUAAAAGAAAGCUGCAUAUUCGUAAAUAUCCUAAUUUUGGUGACAGAUCAUAGGAUAUAAAAUUUAAAUUCAAUACUUACACAUUUGAAAAACGUGUCGAGAAGAUAUAUACUAAAUAAUCAAAGUUUUAGGCUUUGCGCGCAAUUAUUGAAUUAUUGACCUUUUACGAACCUUUUCCUAUUGGUAAAUCAUAAUUUCAUUACUAGAUAAUGUAUUAAAAACAAAACUUGAUUUUUUUAUCAAAAUAUGAGGAGCUAGAAAUUCAUUGAGUUCGUGGAAUUUGAUGGAAGCAUAUAAAGAUACUUUCAAAUGCGACCAUUUAUUUUCCACUUGUUGUAUACUUGAAGACUGCUGUACGACAUUGCAGCUGUGUUAUUCUGAAAUGCAUAUCAGUCAUUCGUUUGUACAGAAACUAUUUAUAAUCAUCUGUUGUAAACUUAAUAAAUUAUUAACAAAUUAA